AUGUCUGUCCUCACGCCCGCGUCGAAGAAGGCGCUAGCCAACUUGCGUGCUUUUAUCCCACCGCCCACGAACUACUAUCGAUGUCCACUGAAGAGAAGAGCCGCAGUGCUCAUUCUGCUUUUCGCAGAUAAGCGAGGCGAUCUUCGCGUCGUGCUCACAAUCCGCAGCUCUGGUCUCAAGAAUUAUGCCGGCCAAGCAGCACUCCCAGGCGGAAAGGCAGACACCCUAGCCGAAACACCCUUCCAGACCGCCCGCCGCGAAGCCUUCGAAGAGAUCGGUCUCCCAGAAAAAGAUGAAGGCCUCCCACCAGGCUAUACAGUCGAACACCUCACCGAACUCCCCACCAACCUCGCCAUGACCGAACUUGGCGUCCGACCUUGCGUAGCAUACCUCAAAACUCCACCGCCGAGCGAAAAGAAUAAGAACCCUGACGCGGCGAGAGAUAUUCUACCGAAACUCGACGCAAGAGAAGUCGCGGCAGUUUUCACCGCUAAUUUUCGGAAUUUCCUGUAUGAGAAAGAUUUGGAUGAGCGAGAUCGAGAGGAGUUUGGCGAUGGGGAGUGGUAUAAAGGGAGUUGGCACAGUUGGCAUGAGAGUGCGUGGAGGAUGCAUCAAUUUUUUGUACCCGUGAGGAGAGGGGAGGUGUUUCUCGCGAAGAGACCGGAGAGUUAUACGGCUGCGAGAUCACCUGAGGAGAAGAAGAAGCAAACCCAACAGAAACCUGCCACACCAUCUUCGAUAAUUUCGUCAUCUUCAGGAAGCAAAGAUCCCGCAACGAGCAAAGACUCCCGAAGCACAUUACAACCUCCUCUUCCUCGGAAAUUUUAUACGACGACGACGAAUCCGCUGGAACAGCAGUCUCGGUAUCGAGUUUUUGGGAUGACGGCGAGGAUUAUGGUUGAUGCGGCGAGGGUGGCGUAUGGACAGGAACCGGAAUAUGAACAUAAUAGUCAUUUUGGGGAUGAGGAUAUGAUUGCGAAGUUGAUGAGUAUUGGGCGGUUGAGUGCGAUUAAGAAGGAGGGGGAGGUUUUGACGAGAGAGGUUAUGAGGGAGGCGGGGAAGGUGAAGAUUUGA